UUCGUGGAUCAUUAAUAUAUCUCCAAGAUGUCUGUGAAAGUCUCGUGGAUUGCUAUUACAAUAAUUGGGCUGUUUUACGUAUAUAGUUUCGCUCAAGAGAUAUCGCAAAAAUGCAUAGGCUGUAUAUGCGAAGCUGCUUCAGGUUGUAAUAUCACUGUAGGCUGUGAUGGACCGGUAUGUGGACCUUUUUAUAUAACAAAACAAUAUUGGAUUGAUGCUGGCAGACCACAUAUAAAUGGAGGGCAAAGCGAUAACAAUAAUGAAGAUACUUUUAGGAGCUGUGCCAUAGAUACAUAUUGCGCUGCUCGUACGGUAGAAAACUAUAUGGCUAGAUUUAGUCGAGAUUGCACUGGAAAUGGAAUAAUUAACUGUGAUGAUUAUGUACGUAUUCAUCGAUUUGGCGCAAGCGGCUGCACUAAUACGUUACACAGUGUUUACCAGGAUAUAUAUAAAUUGUGUAUACAAACUGUAGGAGAACAUUGAAAUAAAUA